CUGAUCACACACGUGAACCACGAGUUGUAAUAUAGCUCGUUGUCAUACAUUGAAAACGAUGUAUGCGUAUUCUUUGCGACACGCCGUACUAAUGAGCUGCGGCUCCUACAUAAAUAAAUACAUAUAAGAUCCUCGGGCGAGUGAACGAGAAUUCAGAGAUCAGUGAGAUCAAACCCCGGGAUAAACCCCAUUUCCUGUGCGCUUAGCGAUUAGAACGUGGACUGCUGAUAACAGAGCGCCAUACUUCCAUUGUCUAGAAGGGUCCAACUGAUUAUCUUUAGAGUUAGAUGGAAGUAACGUCCAACAAGUCAACAGGAUGGAUCAUCUGUCCCCGGAAACACGCGUUGGUGCACAGCUGCGCAAAUAUUGAUAUUAGGAAGAAACUACAUAGAUAUAAGAAACCAUGGCGUGGCAUCCAGUGUUACGGCAUCAAAGUUCCAUCUGAGGUCGUUUACUGGUGUUUCAUCGAUCAUCACUGCUCACUUGAUGCUGCGACUCGUGCGACAGCGAUGUUUAUACGUUACCGGUUGCAAGGUCUCUCAUCAGAGAGGCUUCUUCACCCUUCCAAACUUCUCGCCCUUCUCGCCCUCAUCACCCAACUCUGAUGAACAGCCACCAACACAGACUUACCACGAACGCAAAAUUUUUCCUUACGGACGCAUAGAUUUAUACAACUUAAUUGCAGAUGUUGGUUCAUAUCCUAGUUUUGUGCCAUAUUGCACUGGUUCGAGAAUCUUGGAACGACGUGUGAGCCAGGAUGGUGUGGUCACGAUGGACGCGGAGUUGAUGGUCGGUUUCUUGGCAUUCAAGGAGAGUUAUGUUAGCAGGGUGACAUGUCGACCUUAUGAAUCCGUCCAGGCCGAAGCAUCAAGUUCAACCCCUCUCUUCAAGACCCUUCGAACAACAUGGCGCUUCCAACCAGCUUCAUCAAUAUCACCUCACCUUUCCAGUGGUCUACCGCCUCACGGUGAUGCCAGGAACACCGUACCCGUGGAUAGCCAUUCUCCUGACCUCGGACCCACUCUUGUCACACUGGAUAUCGCCUUCGCAUUUGAAAACCCGGUGUACUCUGCUCUCUCUGCCAAUUUUUUUGGAAAGGUGUCUACCCUGAUGGUGCAAGCCUUUGAAGAACGCUGUCUGGCUGUGUAUGGAUCCGGGGCUAAGUAAUGUACAAACGUGCAAUGAAAAUAGAUGUUUAAAUGCAAGGGGAUCAAUGUCCGCCUUGGUGGAAUGCACAAUUUUGGUAUGUGUGAGUAGAAGUGAGAACUGUGCGAUCAGAUCUUCCUGUGAUAGACUGCUGAUACCCUAGAUGUACGAUUGAU